AUGUCUCACCGUUACUCGAGAACGGAGAAAGGUAAAGAGAGAGCUGAGGAGUUUCCACCACGCAAACCGCUGGUGAGGAUCCCGGAUGCGAAUGUCUCUGGCCUCAUUGAACGCAACAAGCUCACUCUCAUUGGAAGAGUCACCAACCCUUCGAUCCAGAAAACAAGGGCGCUAGUGGAUUUCUUUCUACAACAAUGGAAUGUUGUGGGUAGAAUAACAGGACGGGAUCUUGGCCCUACUCUGUUUCAGUUCGGCUUUGAGUCAGAGAGGGAUCUCCAGACUAUUCUUGCAAAAGCCCCCUUUCACUUUAAGAACUGGAUGUUCAUUCUACAAAGGUGGGAGCCAGUCGUGUCUGAUACCUUCCCAGGCCGAAUCCCUUUUUGGAUUAGAGUCCAUGGCAUUCCUCUCCACUACUGGAUAGAUGAAACCAUUGAAGCUAUUGGUGCUGCCCUAGGCCCCAUUGAUGAUCGUGAAGUUGAUAAAGCUCGCCUCAGGGUCCAGGUAAAUGGUUUAAAGCCUCUCAUUAUGAAGAUGGACCUGCAAUUGCCAUCUCGAGAAAUAGUGGAAGUCGAGUUGGAGUAUGAAAAAAUUGGGAAACACUGUUUCUUCUGUAAGUCUCUCGAUCAUGAGGAUAGUGAAAAGCGCAGAUGCCCUCUGUCUCGCUCACACCACGGGGAAAGAAGAGACUUGGGUAUCUCUCAACAGAACACUUUAGAGAGAAUUGAAGAAGGUCGGAGACGUCAAGAUGAUCGGAGGUUCUCUCGUCAACAGAACCUCGCAAACUAUAGAGUGACCCGAUGGACGAACACAAGGAAUGCAAACCCUCAUUCAGAUGUGGUAGCUCGGGUAUACUCCUCCCGAAAUGAAUCAGGAAGGAGCUCGGAAUUUGAGGAGAAUAAAAGACGCUAUGAUGAUCGAUCCCUAUCGCACCGCAGCGCUACUCCACGAGGCUCUCGGACUCAUCAUACGUCGCAUGAACAUACCUCAAACUCGCGCAGGGAAGGUUCUUAUCGGGUUAAGGAACAUACUGGCUCGGUUCUACCUCAAGAACAGCAUGGCUCUCCAGUUAGAGAUGUUACCUCUCGAUCACACCUCUCCCCGGUGACAAACCCGUCGGCAGAUCAGAGGAGAGCUAGUCUAGCGUCCAGACUAUCAGACCCGCGAUCAGAACAUGUAUCAAGCGAGGAUAGAAUCCCGGCAAAGGAGAGACUAUCUGUUAACACGAUGAGGACCGCUGAAAGAGAUUUGGCAAACUCUGAGGCCCUUGGGCCACUGGUCAGAGAAAAAAUCCCAACGAAGGGAGCGCCACUUCUCUUGAAUGACAAAUCCAUUACUCGCCCGUCGAGUUCUACUAUCUUUGAGUCUGGGAGGAUUGGACUUUGCGAAAGAUCUCCCAUCAGGACCUUAAGCGAAGACAGAAUUCACGUGUCGCUAAGGCUUGGGUCUCUACGAGCAGAUGAGGAUGAAGAGCAAGACAAUGUUUUUGACUUACAGCUACAACAAGCACUGUCAACUAAGGCAGCCGGGAAACGAAUUGCUGAGAACUCCCAAGAUUGCAAGAGAAUGUCAAAGAAUACCGGCCAAGGUAUCACAGUUAAAAGAAGACGUGUCACAAAGGUUCAUUCCUCACCUCGGAGAAAACUGAUGUUGGACGCAAUUACAGCGGGAGGCAGAUCACAAACCAGGAAGAAACUCAAGAAUGGACCGACGACAAAGCUGAUACCCGCAAUCGUGCGUAAGGAGAAGGAUUUUCAUCCUCUCCAAGGCUCUCUUUCUUAG